UAUGGUCAUAACGAGCGGCCUAACAACGGUUGAGGAAAUACAAAUAUGGUCAUGGCUAGUCAAAAAUACAACGGGCGAGGAAAUACAAAUACGGUAACGGCUUGCUGAUUAAGCCAUGAUGGCAAACACAGAGUAUGAUGAGUCUUCACUAUGCAGAGAGAAUGAACCAACACAGUCUCUGAGAGAAGUAGGAACGAUUACACAGACUUUUGAAGAAGACGCUACAAUGGCGCCCUCUUUCGGUGAUGAGAGGUAUCUCUUGGGUGAAGGUCCUGUCGCAGGAAACGCUUCUCCAUCCUGUCAGGAUAAGAGAAUGAUGGAUGAAAAAAUCUCUCCCGUCGAAAAACAACUUGAGUACCUGCUGAACAAAGCAGAUGCGUUUCAAACACAGCUUUUGUGGAGCCGAGACUGCCUCCAGAGUUAUGAGUUUGCCCAUAUUGUUCCAAUGUUUUUGCAAACCUGUCAGCCGUACUUCACUUACUUGGAGUCCACAGCCAGAAACUCCAGCCCCUUCCGCCCACCUCUGUCCACAUAUAUACGCACACAGCUUUUGCAAUUCUCUCAGCAACUGUGUUCUCGUCUGGAACAGCUGAUGUUGCUAUACGCCUCCUUCAGUUUCGUCUCACUGGAGGAAUCUGAUCCACUGAGUAUCUCACACUUCUAUAUUGGCCAGUGUCAAAUAGACAACAUGAAGCUGUCAGUCUUCCGGUACUGUUGCCCCACCCCCUUUCUUGCCUCAGCCAGUACUGGGCUAUACAAACGUAUGCGCUGGAACGUGGAGCAAGAGAUACAGGGAGAAGGAGAAGGAAAGACUUAUGACAGUGCAGAGUUUUACUUUCUGUGCUGUGAGGAUGUCACGGAGGCAGAAGAUAAUAAAAAUGGAGACGGAAGAUGCGAGGGAGAAAAUACAGAGAGAGAGAGCAGAGUGGCAAGGAUUUGGUCUAUUGGUCAGUGGGUCCAGACGUACCCUGACCCAGAGGACAUCACUGAUUGGGUGUUGUGUUCAGUCCCUUGUGGUCAGUACAAGCAGCUGUUGUGUCUGGGAAGUGAAGAGCCUUCAUCCUGCACUGCCACAGACUGCCUGCUGGGGGUGCUGCUUUCUCAGGAAAUAGAUGAUCUGUUCCCCGUCUGCAGAAAUACAGAUGGCCCUAGCAGCUGAGCUAUUGUUCUGGCUCUCCAACAAGCCCAAGCCACCAAUCCAGAGAGCAAAUAAAGAAAGGGAAAAGGGGGAAAUCGUGGGAUGAAGUAACAAUGACAAGGCAAGCAGAGAAAUCAAAUUUUAAAAUCAUCAUCAUGCAGGAGAUGAGUGGGCUCAAGUAUGUCCCAAUGAGGAAAACAAACAACAAAACCGUGAGUAAAAAUGUUGAAGCAAGUCACUCAAGAGACAGAAAACAAAGAAGAUGGAUGACAAGUUCUUGAAACCUUGUCACCCUACAGGCCAAGAUGAUGAAUUGGGAGGUCAUCGUUCUGCCCAGGACAGCACAAAAAUUACCCAGAAGCCCUGCUUCUGUGUCUCCAUGGUGAUGUGAAGAUCAACCAGGGGACAUUUGAAAAGAAGAGAAUCCAAUUCAGUCAGAGAAGACAAAGUUUCAG